AUGGAAAGACAGAAGGCAAAGCUUGCUAAGAAAAAGAUCUCCGAUGAUGUAAGAACAAGCGAAGGAGAUUCAGAUUCGAUCCCGCUUGAUCUCAUUCAAGAUAUACUCAAAGGAUUGCCUGUUAAAACCCUAGCAAGGUUCCUCUGUGUAUCGAAGCCCUGGGCAUCCAUCAUUCGCAAUCGAGAUUUUGUGAAAUCAUACUUGACCAAGUCGUCGUCUUCGACUCAUCCUCAAAGUCUCAUCUUCACAUUCAAGAGUAAGCGUCAAGGAGAAUAUUACUUCUUCUCAUCGAGUCAACCCCAAAAUGGAGAUGAAUCUUGUGUAGCAAGUUACCAUAUGAAAUGCCAUUCUCAACCGUACACAGCCAUUUCUCCAUCUGUCCACGGUUUGAUUUGCUAUGGACCUCCUUCUAAACUCAUGGUAUACAACCCUAGCACGAGACGAUCCAUUGCUUUACCUAAGAUAGAUUCUCAUAGGAUACGUAUGUACCACUUCUUGGGUUAUGAUCCUAUUGAUGGUGAUUACAAAAUGUUGUGUAUGAGUAGAGCAAUGCAUGUUCGUAGAGGGCGUGGUUUAGCUCAAAAGAUUCAAGUUUUAACAUUGGGAAAUGGUAAUUCGUGGAGGAUGAUUGAAAACUGUCCUCCUCACUCUCCUGAAUCUCCUCAUAUAUGUAUAGAUGGGGUUUUAUACUAUGGAGCUUAUUUUGACACCAGUACGCGCCUCCUUCGCAAAGAUCAUGCAGUCAUGAGAUUUGAUGUUCGGUCUGAAAAUUUUGAUCUUAUCAAAAUACCACCAGAGAGAGCAACAAAGUUUACAAAGAUGACAAGAUACAAUGGGAAGCUUGCUCUCAUGUUCUCUAUUGGAUUUUGUGAUUACUCUGGUUUAAUCGAAUUGUGGGUUUUAGUGGAUGCUGCAAAACAUGAAUGGUCCAGUAAGAUUUUUGCUUUGCCUCGUUUAGCUGGCUUGAAAACCAUGUUUCAAGUUUUUUGUGCCAUUGAUGAUGAUGCAGGAGAGUUUGUUUUGGCACCAGAAAAUUUGCGGGCACCACCAUUUUAUGUUUUGUAUUAUGAUCCCAAGAAAAAUAGCUUGAGAAAAGUCAACAUUGAAGGCAUCACAGAAAAUAAGCUUCAAUCUUGGGCUAAUGCUUCGGAUCGUCGUACAAUCUCUAUCUUUCCUGGUCAGGUUGAAAAUCUCAUGUUCUUCUGA